AUGUCAGAACCGGCCUUUGCACUUUUCACGUCUCUUCGCUACGACCCAAUCCUCCUCACCCAUGCUCCCAAUACUCAAGACUGGGAGCCUCCUGCCACAGCCCCAUCACCAUACUACAUGCUACCUCUCCACCGAGACCGUCUAGUCCAGGCUGCUGAACACUUUGAUUGGCCUCUCGCUGUUGCUGCCGUCUCAGGACCCGCAGGUUUUAAGAACCUCCUCUCAAGACUCGAGACUUCAAUUGAUAGCACCUCAACAACUCCCCUACGGGUUCGAGUAGUUCUCACAAAAGAGGGCACAAUGACCAUCGAAACCUCACCAACGCCCCCAGUUGAGCUAGAGAACUUAUUCCCAAGUCGUAUUCCACCACCAGCUUCGAUUCGUGAAGCUGUUCCCUCGGUCUCACCCUUGACAGGUGGAGCUCUCACUUCACCAGGCGGAAAGCUUUACGGAGAUCCACCUCUAACAAACCCCUUCAUCAUCUGCCCAGAUACAAUCCGUACUCCUCCAUCUUCUUACACAUCCUACAAAACAACAGCUCGAGACAUGUACGAUGGAGCACGCUCCCGUCUCGGAAUCAAAGAAUGGACUGAGCGUCGUGAAGUCCUACUCCUGAGCACUAAGGAUGGUGAAAUUAUGGAGGGGACCUUGACAACUCUUUUCUUUUGGAGAGAGGGGUCUUGGGUUACGCCUGCUGUUUCGAGUGGUGGGCAGAUAGGAACGACAAGACGAUGGGCUCUAGAGAAGGGGCUUUGUAAGGAGGGGGUGUUGAAGGUUGAUAGUCUACUGGAGGGCGAGGAGUGCUGGAUUAGUAAUGGAGUCAGAGGGUUUCAUGCUGGGGUCGUUAAGCUUGCUUAG